UCACAUCUUCACUCUUCAGCUUAUACCUUGACUCUAAUAGCCGCCUUUCUUGUAUCACAUCUUCACUCUUCAGCUUAUACCUUGACUCUAAUAGCCACCUUUCUUGUAUCACAUCUUCACUCUUCAGCUUAUACCUUGACUCUAAUAGCCACCUUUCUUGUAUCACAUCUUCACUCUUCAGAUUAUACCUUGACUCUAAUAGCCACCUUUCUUGUAUCACAUCUUCACUCUUCAGCUUAUACCUUGACUCUAAUAGCCACCUUUCUUGUAUCACAUCUUCACUCUUCAGCUUAUACCUUGACUCUAAUAGCCACCUUUCUUGUGUCUCAUCUUCACUCUUCAGCUUAUACCUUGACUUUAAUAGCCACUUUGUAUCACAGAUGUUUGUAA